AUGGGUCAGUCAUAUCGCAUCUUCAGCAUGCGGAAUCCUUUCGCACGAGCCGUUCUACUCACCCUCCUCAUUCUCGCACUCAUGAGCAUAGGUAUGAGGCGAGAUACAUACAAUGUACAGGGCGCAGUUAUGAAGGCUGCCGGAUCAGCAAAGCAGUCCGUGUCGUCACAACUUCCCCUAGAAGACAAUACAGUCAAGAGUGGCAAGCAAGUGGCAGCCGACUACCCCGUUUCGAGAUCAAACCAUAGCAUCACAAUGAAUUGCGACUAUGAUACCGAUCACCUCAGUGUCUUACAGGACAAGUACGACCUCGGCGAUCAGUUCGAGUACUAUAAAAGGUACAUCAAGAUUUCGCGCCAAGACAUACAGAGGAAAUCCAUGACGAAGAUCAAGCAAAAGUUUUUGCCAAAGAACACGAAGACCAUUGACCUGAAGAAAAAGUUUUGGAAGGAAACCUGCCCCGAGCCUCUGACGGUGCCUGUCACGAAGUCCGCCUAUCCCGGAACAGCAAAUCUUUCUGACUUUAUUUUUGGCGUCUCUACAACAUUCAAGCCUUUCAACGCUACCAAGACCAGUCCUAUCAACGAAUGGUCCCAUUGGCUCACAAAUCAUCGAGGGCAUUCAAACGGAGGCAAGCUCCUGCUUUUGUUGUUGGAUGCCACGGAUGACCAGCUUUAUGAUGCUUGGAGCAGACUUCGCGAGCGCGGCAUUGACGCAGACGUGUAUCACUCCGAUCCGUCUAUGGAGAUGGCUGUACGCUACUUGACCAUGGUUCCGGCGUUAUACAACCACGAAGACCGGCCCGGCAGGAAAUGGAUAGUGACUUGCGAUGACGACACAUUCUUUCCUUCUCCGAAUGCCCUCGUGGAGAAAAUGAAUACGUACGACCACACUCAACCGCUUUAUAUCGGUACCUUCUCCGAAGAUGUCAACAACCUCGAUCGUCACGGGUCACAAGCAUUUGGAGGUGCUGGUGUGUUCCUCACCGUGCCAAUGGCUGAAGUUAUCAACGAUAAUUAUGAUAGCUGCGGCUCCGAGCAGAAGGUCCAUGAAUCAAAUUCUGGAUGGGGACCUCAGGGCGACAUUCUCCUUCGUAAAUGUAUUUAUGAGAACAGCGAAGUGCGACUGUCCACCAUCUGGGAUCUCUGGCAGCUCGACCUCAACGGAGACCCAUCGGGCUUCUACGAAAGUGGCAUCAAGCCUCUCUCCCUGCAUCAUUACCGUGGUGGCGGUUGGCAUACGGCGUUUCCCUUCCAAUACACUAAGAUCGCGCAUCUCUGCGGCGAGGACUGCACUUUGCAACGCUUCCAGACGGAAGACGACUUCGUGAUUUCUACUGGCUUCAGCAUUGCACAGUAUCCUCAAGGACUCGACACUAUCAAUUUCGAUCAGUUCGAGCAAACCUUCCACGCUGCUCCUGAGAACAAGGGCUGGAACCUAGACUUCAUGUUUGGUCCUCAACGGUUAUCACUGCUCCAAACCGGUCGCAAGAUUGCCUGGGAUCUUCAGGAAAGUACGUUUAAUAGGGAUGGCAGCGUCAGCCAAGUCUACGUCCGGAAGUCGGAUGAUGUGCGCUGGAGGGAUGCGGAUGACGAACCGAUGAGUCUGGUCGAUGGCAUAAUAGAGCUGGUAUGGUUCUCUUGA